AUGCGAGACGAGCGACAGCUGGAACGGUUUACUAUCAAUGCGCUGAAUUCACGUGUUGUUCCCCUUGGAUCCAUGGAUGAUUCCCUAUGGGACGAGACUUUGAACACGAUCGAUGGGUGGUUUCAAAUUGGAGGAGGGUUCGGAUUGGACAGGGCUGGUAGACUAGUACAGCGGCUUGAUGCCGAAUUUUCCGUCUUGAACCCACAUAGUGAUUUCUACGACAAGAAAUCAGCUACACUUAUGCAGCUUCAUAGCAUGCUGUUGAAAUCAUGGAUCGACACCUAUGCACUACAUCAACAGUCUCAAUUGGCUCUAAUCAAGGCGGAAGAGGUGCUCCGAAGACAAAUAUCUCGACAAGUUUAUUACUCAGCAAUCUUUCCUAUCGAAGAGUUGGUGACAGUUAUAGAGGGUUGGUUGCUACGAAACAAGAACAACACUGUUGCUGUCCAGAAAGUUGCAACCCUUUUGUUGUACGCCACCGAUUAUUCAGAAGACUUUGACAACGACUUGACCCCCUACUUCAACCUUGUCUAUGCAAAGCUCGAGGCAAAUUCGGUACUUCAUGAUGUCAUAAUACAAAGAAUGAAUCAUUUGACAGAAAAAUCACAUUGGGACGCGUUGGACGAUUUGAAUGUAAAGGAAAUACAGUCUGUACCUGAGGGACAACGAGAGACAAUUCAAGCAGACGAAGUAACUCCGAAGGAACAAAUAACACCUGUACCUGAUGAACAACAAGAGACGACUCAAGCAGAGGAAGUGGCACCAACGGACUAUCGAGAACGUGUCAUAAAUGCAAUUAGAGAUGCAGAGGAUACUCAAGGAGCCCUCGUUGAGAGACUAGCCAACAAGUACAUAGAAGAGAAAGGAAUGGACGCAACGGUUGUAGACAAGAUGAUCGAGUUCUUUUUGAGAGCAGACAAUUCAGCUAAAGCAUCUCACUGGAUACAGCUACAGUUGGCAAAUUGGGAAGCAUUUGCUGGAAAGGAAAAGGGGCUCUUCGUGCAACAGGCAACGCAACUAGUUGUCCUGGAGCAACAAAUGACUCCUUUGGUCGAAGAAGUGCUAGGAAAAUUGAAAGUAGAAGCUUCAAUGAUACCAGCGCCUUUGUUUACCAGCAUUUUCCAAAAGCUCAGUGAGAGAACAUCAAACCCAAAGAUCAUUGUUCAGAUUUUGAAGCGCGUUUCCGAUUUGGAAGGUGACCUGAAUCUUCCCUUGCACAAGACUGCAGUCCAAGCGUUGUUCAAAUAUGAGACGAAAGCACUGGACGAUAUUGAGGCAAUCUACAUUGACGUGCUGGAAAGAGUCCGACAAAAUGCACAAGAUGUAAAGUCGGAGGAGUUUGGAGAUUUCCUGCAUGGCAUACUGUCGUUGUUGACAUAUCGAAAUCUUUUCAACGAAGCUGAGGAGUAUCUUCGACGAGCAGAAAAGGCACUGCUACAGCCCAGCCCACCGAAUAGGGAAGAGUCCAUGAUUUCUAUCGAUUGCUACCAACGCCUCAUCUGUCGGAAAUGGUACACCCCAAAGACAGCUCCAAGAGUAAUUUCGACAUUUCGACGACUGCGAGGCAUUUAUCAAUCAGGUUAUUCCAAUCUGCUUCCCAAUCAAGAGAUAUUUGCAUCGUACACAAGGGCUCUCUCGACGGCAGAAAAGGAUGCGUCCAAAGUGGAGAGCGCUUUGGAUGAAAUUCUCGAACUUUACACCAGGACUCAGGAAGAAUCGUGCAAGCCCAACGCGGAGAUUUUCCAAACGAUCCUAUUGGCAUAUCGGCAGGAUCCUACUAAGAUCAAGGUUGCUGGGAAAAAGUCGCUUGUACUCUUGGAUCGCAUGAAGGCCCUCGAAGUUGCCCCAGACACAAAAUGCUUGAAUUAUAUAAUGCAAUGUGUGAACAAGAGCUCCAAUGACGAUGUUUACGAAACAGUUUGUGGGCUUUACAGCAUGUUUGCUCAGUAUGGCAUAGAACCCGAUUCUUUCAGUCGACAUUCCUUGAUGGAUGCCUGCGCCUCUGUUCAGCCGUCGAAUCAAGACGCCGCUCUCACGACCGCAUUAGAGACCUUUGGCCAGAUUCGUCAGGACGACCAACUUGGGCCCCAGACAUAUCCAAUCUUGACAAGAGUAUUGAUGCGAGUCUUGACCAAUCGUAGUGAACGUGCCGAUAAGGUUGCCACCACUAUCUUUCAGGCAUGUUGUGAUGAUGGCUACUGGCAAUCAGAUGGAGGUCCCUUGAAAAAGCGAUUCAAGUCUCUUUUCAGUAGGUCUGCCUGGCGUGACGUGUACACGAAACAGCUAGAUGGGAACCAGAAUGAACCAAUGCUAUGGAGUCGCAAAUUAAAAUAG